UUGGUGCGUCAGUUUAAAAAGUGGGCUGUGACCGGUGACCCGUUUGUUUCUGAAGUGGGAAGUGGGCUUAUUCUCUCGUAAGGAGCACAGACAUGAGAAGAGUCAGGAUGCUUUGUGUUGUCUUGGCGCUGCUCGCUACUCAAUGCGCCGCCGUCGUAAGAGUUCCGCUGUAUAAAACCAGAAGUCUCCGCCGCCUCAUGAGCGACAAUGGGAGGACUGUGGAGGAACUUCGGGCUCUGGCCAAGAGUGUCGGCUCUCCGGACAGCUCUCCGUCCCCCAAGCUGCCUGUGGAGAGGCUGACCAACUUCAUGGAUGCCCAGUACUAUGGCGUCAUCAGCAUCGGCACCCCUCCGCAGGACUUCUCCGUCCUGUUUGACACCGGCUCCUCCAACCUCUGGGUCCCGUCCAUCCACUGCGCUUUCUUCGAUCUGGCCUGCUGGGUUCAUCGUCGUUACAACUCCCAAAAGUCGAGCACGUACGUGAAGAACGGAACGGAGUUUGCCAUCCGGUACGGCAGAGGCAGCUUGUCUGGCUUCAUCAGUGAGGACACCGUCUCGGUUGCUGGUUUGUCCGUGCCCGGUCAGCAGUUUGGCGAAGCGGUGAAGCAGCCUGGCAUCACCUUCGCCGUUGCGCGGUUCGACGGCGUCUUGGGCAUGGCGUACCCCUCCAUAUCGGUGGCUAAAGUCACCCCGGUGUUCGACACAGCCAUGGCGGCCAAGCUGCUGCCACAGAACAUUUUCUCCGUCUACAUCAGCAGGGAUCCGAAAGCAGCAGUGGGAGGAGAGCUGAUGCUGGGUGGGACCGACCCGCAGUACUACACCGGAGCCCUACACUACGUCAACGUGACUAGAAAGGCCUACUGGCAGAUCGACAUGAACAGAGUUGACGUGGGCAACCAGCUGACGCUCUGCAAAGGCGGUUGCCAGGCAAUUGUCGACACGGGAACGUCUCUGCUCGUGGGUCCUGCUGCAGAGGUCAGAGCGCUGAACAAAGCUAUCGGCGCUCUGCCUCUGCUGAUGGGAGAGUACAUGAUUGACUGUAAGAAGAUCCCAACGCUUCCUGUCGUCUCAUUCAACAUCGGCGGGAAGAUGUUCAACUUAACCGGGGAGGAUUAUGUCAUGAAGGAGUCUCAGAUGGGCGUGUCCAUCUGUCUGUCUGGGUUCAUGGGCAUGGACAUCCCGCCGCCGGCCGGGCCGCUUUGGAUCCUGGGAGACGUGUUCAUUGGGAAGUUCUACACCGUGUUUGACAGGAACGAGGACCGAGUCGGGUUUGCACCCGCCAAAUAGGAGUCUCCUAUUUUAUUUUAAUUUGAUCUGUCUCCUAUUCCAACACGGAGACGGAUAACAUUUCUUUUCAAUUUCUAAUGAAGACUUUCAAGAAAAAAUAAUCAGCUGAUCAGCACAAAUUAAAAAGCACAGCAAGAAGUGCUACAAUUCACCAUUUUCCAAAGAUUCAGCUUUAAUAGCUAGAAAAUUGAGCAUGUUGAUGUGCAUUGAUACGUCUACUUGUUGCACUUAUGUGUGAAGCUGCGUUAUAAUAUUCAAAUUUAACUUUACGUUGUCCUGGUAUGUUUUCAAACCUCGGACUUCAUUUUCUCUGCUUAAAACCUCGUUAAAUUAAAAUCCAAUUCAAUGUGAGUUUUUCAAAGCUGAAUAAAAAACAUUGAAUUCUU